AAGGACCUGUCACUCAGACGAGUGAAAACACUGGAAUGGAUUCAUGGCUUAAUAAACCUCAUUAUAACAGGAGCUGAAGCACAGAAGCCAAUAAAACAGACACCCGAUCCCCCCGCCUGCCCCCCCCCCCCUGCAUUUCAUAUCUGAAGCAGCGCAGGUCUAAGCCUCUCAUCUCCCCCAGUCUGCCAUGGGACAGUGGGGUGUGUGUGUGUGUGUGUGUGUGUGAGUAAGAAUGGGCAACAAACAGACUACAUUCACUCCACAGCAACUGGAUGCCUACCAGGACUGUACAUUUUUUACCAGAAAGGAAAUUUUAAGGCUGUUCCAGCGCUACAGAGACCUGGCCCCUCAGGUGGUUCCCCUCGACUACACCUGCCAGCCCGACGUGAAGCUGCCGUACCAGCUCAUCAGCAGCAUGCCGGAACUGAAGGAUAACCCCUUUCGCCAGCGGAUCGCAGAGGUUUUCUCCGAGGAUGGAAACGGGAAUAUGACUCUGGAUGAUUUCCUGGACAUGUUCUCUGUGCUGAGUGAGAUGGCACCCAGGGACCUAAAAGCCUACUAUGCCUUUAAGAUCUAUGACUUCAACAACGAUGACUACAUCUGCCAGAGGGACCUGGAGAAAACGCUGAACAAGCUGACGCAGAACGAGCUGUCGCUGGGUCAGGUGCGCAUGGUCUGCCAGAAGGUGAUCGAUGAGGCCGACCUGGACAACGACGGCCGCCUGUCCCUGGAGGACUUCCAGCACAUGAUAGCCGGAGCACCUGACUUCCUCAGCACCUUCCAUAUAAGGAUAUGAGGAGUUGCCAGGAGACAGUGCCUGCCCAAUAGUGACCUACUGAUCCACCAUAGUGAGAGACACCACAUCACACCUGCCAGAUACCGACCCAGUGCUCCACCACGUCAUUCAUGACUGCGACUACGUGUGCUGACCACCAGGUGGCACAAACCACCCAAAACAAUACUCUAGAAGAGACUGUUCUUGACUCACUGCAUUCCAAAGCCUGUAAUGAUUAAUGUGACCCUGUCCAUAUGCUUCUCCCUACUGGGUUAAAUAAAUCACUGCACAGACAGACUAAA